UUUUUUCUCAAUCUUUAUUCUUUCCUCAUAGUUUCCGCUUCCGUAAGACCCUGCCUCUCCUCCGGCCAUUAACUAUUUUUCUUUUAUUCUUUUUUCUCGAAUGUUACAUUUUUUAACUUAUUUUCGUCGGCAAUAUCUAACAAAAUUGAAUUAAAAAUAGUAAUAGUGACUUUGGCAGAAGCAACUAGCGACCAAACUCUCUCAUUUUUUUCUUCACACUCUCCGCUAUUUAAAUCCUCUCUAUUUCACUCUACCAACACGUUUCGAUUCAAAUCUCACUCUCUCUCCGCGUAUACACAAUGCAGAGAUAGCAUCUCGCUCUUCCUCUUAGAUCUGAUUCUCUCUCAACAACCAGAGUUCUUGACCAGGUAUAAAUCAUCGGUGAGUUGAGAUCGUUUCCUCGGAGCGAUGGCAUUAGGAAAAUAUUCUAGAGUAGAUGGUAGAAGAUCAGCGUCGGGUUAUUGUUCAACAGUGACUAUUGUUGUGCUUGUUGCUCUAUGUUUGGUUGGGGUUUGGGUGAUGACGUCAUCUUCUGUAGCUCCUGUGCUAAAUGGUGGAGAUGGAGAUGUGGCUCAGGAGAGUAAAAAUGAGGUGAAAGAGCAAAGUGAGGUGAAAGAACCGGCGAGUGAUAGUGAUAAUGAUAAUAGUAAUGCUAGGCAGUUUGAAGAUAAUCCGGGUGAUUUGCCUGAGGAUGCAACCAAGGGGGACAGUAAUGUCACCUCUGAAGAGAAGUCGGAGGAAAGUUCUGCGGAGGCGGAGAAGUCUGCUGAAGAUACAAAGACCGAAGAUGAGGGGAAGAAAACAGAAGAGGAAGGUUCCAAUACAGAGAAUGUUGAACAAAACUCAGAAGCUACGGAAAGUAACAAAGAUAGUGGAGAGUCCAGUAAGGAAUCUGAUUCUGAUGAGGGUGAAAAGAAAGAUGAAUCAGAUGACAGCAACAAGUCGAGUAACUCUAAUGAAACAAAUGAUAAUAAUAUAGAGGAGAAGGUGGAACAAAGUGACAACAAAGAAUCUGAUGACAAUUCUAGUGAAAAGAGUACAGAUGAUAAUGCAAAAGACCAAAGUUCAAAUGAGGUGUACCCUUCAGGGGGUCAGUCUGAGCUUCUAAAUGAAAAUUCAACUCAAACUGGAUCUUUUUCUACUCAGGCAGCAGAGUCAAAGAAUGAAAAGGAGUCUCAGGAAUCUUCCAAGUCUGGGUACAAUUGGAAAGUUUGUAAUGUUACCGCCGGCCCCGACUUUAUCCCAUGCCUUGACAACUGGAAAGCAAUUAGGAGUCUUCGGAGCACUAAGCACUAUGAACAUCGUGAAAGGCACUGUCCUGAAGAACCUCCUACCUGCCUUGUCUCUCUUCCCGAGGGAUAUAAGCGUUCUAUUGAGUGGCCUAAAAGCAGAGAUAAGAUUUGGUAUUACAAUGUUCCACACACUAAGCUUGCUGAAGUUAAGGGGCAUCAAAAUUGGGUGAAAGUCACAGGCGAGUACCUUACUUUUCCUGGUGGCGGAACCCAAUUCAAGCAUGGGGCACUUCAUUACAUUGACUUUAUACAAGAGACUCUAUCCGACAUUGCUUGGGGAAAACGCACACGUGUUAUACUAGAUGUUGGAUGUGGUGUUGCUAGCUUGGGAGGCUUUCUCUUUGAUAGAGAUGUACUUGCAAUGUCACUUGCACCAAAGGAUGAACACGAAGCUCAGGUCCAGUUUGCUCUUGAGAGGGGAAUUCCUGCUAUAUCUGCUGUAAUGGGCACAAAGAGGCUUCCCUUCCCUGGGAGAGUAUUUGAUGCAGUCCAUUGUGCACGAUGUAGAGUUCCAUGGCACAUAGAAGGUGGUAAACUUCUUUUGGAGCUGAACAGAGUAUUGCGGCCAGGUGGUUAUUUUGUAUGGUCUGCUACUCCCAUUUAUCAGAAGCUUCCUGAAGAUGUUGAAAUAUGGAAUGCCAUGAAAGCACUAACAAAAUCAAUAUGCUGGGAACUUGUGGCAAUUAGCAAGGAUCAAGUUAAUGGAGUUGGUGUAGCCAUAUACAAGAAACCACUAUCCAAUGAUUGUUAUGAGAAACGAGUAAAGAAUGAGCCUCCACUGUGUCUAGAGUCAGAUGAUCCCAAUGCAGCAUGGUAUAUUAAAUUGCAAGCAUGCAUACACAAAGUGCCAGUUAGCUCUAGUGAACGUGGGUCACAAUGGCCAGAAAAGUGGCCAGCUAGACUGACCAAUGUACCAUAUUGGUUGUCAAGUUCCCAAGUUGGAGUUUAUGGAAAGCCAGCCCCUGAAGAUUUUGCUGCUGAUGAUAAACACUGGAAAAAUGUAGUGUCCAAGUCUUAUCUAAACGGGAUGGGAAUUCAGUGGACAAAUGUGCGGAAUGUCAUGGAUAUGAAUUCUAUCUAUGGAGGAUUUGCUGCAGCUUUGAAAGAUUUGAAACUUUGGGUCAUGAAUGUAGUUUCAAUAGAAUCCGCAGAUACCCUUCCCAUUAUUUAUGAAAGGGGUCUUUUCGGUAUAUAUCAUGAUUGGUGCGAAUCAUUUAGCACCUAUCCCAGAUCUUAUGAUCUCCUUCAUGCAGAUCAUCUGUUUUCGAAGGUUAAGAAAAGAUGCUCUUUAGCUUCUCUAUUAGCUGAGGUUGAUCGGAUUCUCAGGCCCGAAGGAAAGCUUAUUGUCCGCGACACUGUUGAGAUAAUUAACGAGCUUGAGAGCAUGGUAAGGUCCAUGCAGUGGGAGGUUCGCAUGACGUACUCCAAGGAUAAGGAGGGUUUGUUAUGUGUUCAGAAGUCCAAGUGGCGGCCUAAGGAGACGGAGACACUUCAGUAUGCUAUUGCUUAAGCAUGGACGAGAGCCAAAAUUAUUGGGUUCUGGGUGUUCAAAAUUCUCGUGUAACUGUAUUUCCACUACUAGUCAUGUAUCAUCUUAGUUAGAAAUCAAUGUAUUCGUCUUUUUUACCUUUGGCCAUUCAUUUUGAUAUCCGCUAUUUAUAAUUAGAGAUUGGUCUUUUCUGCUGUAAUAGGGUGCCAUAGUGUGAGGGAAAUUUGAUCUCAUUCUUGCAAAUUUAGGGGGCCAUUGAUUGAUUUAUACGCGUAAUAGUUGGGAAUUUGGAAUAUCCAUUACAUUAUAAAUGGUAGUAUUAUUUAUGGAUUGGAAGGGAAAAAUGUAUAAUGAUUUAUGACUUAAGGUCAAAUACUAUACAAACUUGUACCCUAUUUUACUA